CUAUGGCUAAUUAAGAGAGUUGUGGUUGGUUUCGAUUCGGUGCAUGCCAAAGUUUCAGGGAGUUCAGGCGCCAUUCAGUCAGGCCCGGUAUGGAGCACAUAGGAAGUUUUCUGGGCUUGAACCAGCUUGAUGAAAAGGUGGAUACAUUGAAAAGAAAAGUUCAAGUAUUGAAAAGCAAAGAAGAUGACAUUAAAGAGGAACUGAAACAAUUAGAAUACAGCUCGCGCAGAAAGAAACCGAGGAAGGAAGUACAUAACUGGUUGGCAGAGGUUGAGAGGAUAAAGAAUCAAGUUCAACAACAAGAACGCGAAAUUCAGCAAAGAAGAUCAUGGUGCCCAAAUCCACAAUUGGGAAAUAGUGUGGACAGACUUAUAAUAGAAGCAACAGAACUUAUUGAGCAGAGCAAGUUUCCGAGAGGGCUCACACUUGAAGCAUAUGAAAAGGAAGGAGUUGCAUUGCUAACCAAAAGAUUGAUAGGAGAAAAGUUUGAGAAGAAUAAGAAUAUGAUUUGGGAUUGUUUAAUGGGCGGAGAGGACUCGAUUAUUGGCGUAUAUGGGAUGGGAGGGGUCGGAAAAACAACUCUGCUUACACAUAUUCACAACCAACUUCUCGAUCAUCAAAGUUUCAUGGUGUAUUGGGUUACUGUGUCACAGAAUUUCAGCAUUCGUAAAUUGCAACACGACGUUGCAAAAGCGAUGCGUUUCGAGAUAUCAGAAACAGAUGAUGAGAUGAAAAGAGCGGCAGAACUGGCAAGGGCCCUGAGCCGAAAGGAAAAAUUUAUACUCAUCCUAGAUGAUGUGUGGGAUAAUAUAUCCCUGGAGAAAGUGGGAAUUCGUGUUGGCAAUGAUGGAUGUAAGCUAGUUCUAACAACGCGGUCAUUGGAUGUGUGUCGAAUGAUUGAUUGCCAUAAGAAAAUAAAAGUGGAGCCUCUUUCUGAAGUAGAAGCUUGGACACUUUUCAUGGAGACACUUGGGAAACAGACUUUACUCUCUCGUCAAGCUGAAGGAAUUGCAAAGUCUCUGGUAGAAGAAUGUGACGGUUUGCCACUAGCGAUUAUCGUAAUGGCCGGAAGCAUGAGAGGAGUUGAUGACAUGCAUGAGUGGAGUAAUGCAUUGGAAGAAAUAAAAGAAGCAAAGUAUAGGAAUGAUGAGAUGGAAUUUUAUGGUGUAUUUUGUGUUUUGAAAUGUAGCUAUGACAGGUUAAAAGAUCAAAAAGUAAAAGAAUGUUUGUUAUAUUGCUCAUUAUUUCCAGAAGACGAGUUGAUUGAAAGAGAUGAUUUAAUAGAGUAUUUCAUCGAUGAGAAAUUGAUCGACGGAAUGGACAGUAGAGAAUCAAAGGUGCACAAGGGUCACACCAUAUUGAAUAAACUUGAAAAUGUUUGCUUGUUGGAAGGUCAAAUAAACGGAGUUGAGAAGAGGUGUGUGAAGAUGCAAGACUUGGUGAGGGACAUGGCCGUCAAAAUUGCGCGUGUGAGUCCUCAGUUCUUGGUACAAGCUGGAUUAGGUUUGAGAGAUCUUCCAAAUGAAGAAAAGUGGUCUGACAAUCUUGUGAGGGUCUCUUUCAUGCGUAAUCGUAUCAAACAUAUUCCUUUCGAUACAUGUCCUAGAUGUCCCCAACUCUCAACAUUGUUGCUUCGUGCAAAUCACUUACUGAAAAUCAUCUCAGACUCUUUUUUCGUCGAUAUGAGGAUGCUUAGCAUUCUUGAUCUAUCAGAUACCAGGAUAGAAAGUCUUCCGGAUUCAGUAUCUAACUUGACAAGUCUUGCUGCCUUGUUGCUUAGAUGGUGUCGAGAACUAAGAAGCGUGCCAAGUUUGGAACAUCUCACGGCUCUAAGGAGGCUUGACCUGAGACACACAAGAAUCAAGGAGGUACCCGAAGGCAUCGAGAAGUUAAUCAACUUGAGAUAUCUCAGUCUUAAGGGGUGUUGGAAUCUAAAGAUGAUACCCAAUGGGAUCUUGCCUCAACUUGCAGGUACAGAAUUCUUUGAAUCAAAUGAUUCAGUAGCACUAAAAGGAGGGGAAGUAGGGAGCUGGAGAAAGUUGGAAAGUUUUUACGGGCAAUUCGACAACCUUGAUGAUUUAAACACAUGUGUCAGCUCAUGGGAAGGGAGAGAACCCACCAAAUACACCAUUCUUGUGGCAUUUAAUGAAGCAUACGAUAAGGACAUUGAUGUCGGGGCCUUUUUCGGCAAGCAAGCACACUUGUUUCGUGUAGGUGCUGGUGACACAUCUGUACUCUUACCUACAAACAUUCAGUUCCUAACACUUAAACAUUGUCAUGGCGCGACGAGUUUAAGCCAUGUUGCAGUGUUGAGGAAGGCAACUGAUUUGAGAGUGUGCAAAAUUCGCUACUGUUAUAGCAUCAGACACGUCGUUUGCUCGUGUUGCUCAGAUCUUCAUUUUCCUCAAACACUUGAAAUACUAGUCCUUCAGGAGGUUCCCACGUUGACUGAUUUGAUUGAGAGAAGAGGGAGUAAUCCAGCAUCAUCAUCGAUAGUACUUCCAGCCAACACUUUUUCCUCUCUAAAGGAAUUGGAGAUAAAUGGGUGUCAUGAAUUGAAGACGUUGUUCACGCCUGCUCUACUGUCUCACUUCCGAAGUCUCGAAAGAUUGUCUGUCGUAAAUUGCAGACAGUUGGCGACAAUAAUUGGAGAAACAUUGGAUAAUGGAGACAAAGAUGAGGAAGUAAUAACGACAACCAUACUCACUCCCCCCAAGUUGAGCUGAUGAGGAUCACACUGCUUUGGGAUGAGCCACAUCCUCCCCCUUCUCUUCAAAAAAUCGAAGUACCAAAGAAGUGGUGGGAUGAGCUGUUGGCAUGGAAACAUCCCGAGACCAAGGAUGUCCUUCAUCCUUAUGUUGUUUACGGGUGAUAUAUCAGCGUGCAAAAAGCUCAGUUUGGGACACCAGAGCUUCAUAAGGUCCAUGAGAAUGAUAUCAUUUACAGCAGGCAGACUAUGAUUUGCUUUCUAUUUGCGCUUCUCUUGAAAUUUGCGUAUGACGUGAAAUGAUUCUGUGUUGCAAUGUAGUUAUAUUUCCUUGCUGUUAAUCAUGUUACGAUUGAAGACUGUAAUUUUGCAAGCACUAGUUGAGCCACAAUAACUUUAUAAGUUUGA